AUGAAGGGCAGCCCAUACAGAAGAGCAGGGAGCGGGUUCCCAUUCAUGGAGUCGGGUUCUGAGGCAAGCCCGGGGAGCGAGGGCGUUCUGUUCUAUAGCAUAAGACCUAGCGCGGGGCCGGCCACGCCGCUGACUGGCGCAGCAGUGGAGGACGACCUGCCACUGCAGACUGGGGACGAGGCGCUGCUUGGGCAAAUCGAUGGGGUGGAGUCUGGGGAGGUCGCCGGCUGGGCCUGCUUGAGAGGCUACAUGUCCAAACCCUUGGAGGUGGUGGUGUAUGUGGACGGUGUGCGCGUGGGGGAGGCGCUGGCGUUGGAGGAGACCCCCCACCACAUCAUCCAUCGACUGUGCGAGCUGGAUCUGGCGGUGUCUGAGCUGGAGCAGCCGCCGCGUCAGAAGGGCGUGGGCUUCCGCCUCAAGCUGCCCAACCUCACGGAGGGCAAGCACGAGGUCCGGGCAUUCGUGAAGAAUAAGGAGGGCCUGGCAAAGCAGGAGCUUAACCAGUCCCCGCUUCCCUUCGUGGAGUCUGCUGCCCAGCCAGGGCUGGAGGAGGCGCUGAAGCGGAAGGACGCCAUCAUACGGGUGCGCAACGCCCAGAUCAGCGCCCUCUGGGACGAGCUGCACACGCGCCAGCCCUGGACCAACGCCCUCUCGGGGGACGCCCCCAUCAACCUCGCCACCGAGACCCCCGUCAAUGCCUCGCGCAAACUUCUGGUCAUCGGCAUCAACACGGGCCUGGGCGCGCGGUCGCGGCGGGAUUUGCUGCGCAAGACGUGGGUGCCCACGGGCAAGGGCCUCAAAACGCUGGAGGACGAGAAGAGCGUCGUCAUCCGCUUCGUGGUCGGCUACAGUGAGCAGAAGGACGACCCGGACGAGCUGCGGAUACAGGAGGAGAUAAAGCUGUACGGCGACAUCCUGCGCCUGGACAUGGUGGACACGUACGCGGACCUGUCACUGAAGACGCUGAAAAUGUUCACCGUGCUGCCGGCCAAGUAUGACGCCGACUUCUACUUUAAGAUUGACGAUGACGUGGCGGUCAACAUCGAUGCCAUGGCCAACUACCUCGCUGCCAAGCGCAACCAGGGCAACCUCUACCUUGGUUGCAUGAAGAGCGGGCAGGUGCUGACGGACCGGCGCUACAAGUGGUUUGAGCCUGAGUACUGGCGCUUUGGCGACCCCGCCUCCGCCGAGGGCCAGAUCAACUACAUGCGCCACGCCUCCGGCCAGGCACGGCAGACGAACAAGGACGCGGCUGACAAAUCAGGGUGCGUGCAGGUGUAUGGGCUGAGCGGGCCGGUGGCGCGGUACAUUGGGCGCAACGGCCCCAUCCUGCACCGCUUUGCCAACGAAGACGUGACGCUGGGCGCCUGGCUGGUCGGCCUCGAGGUCACCCACGUCGACGAACGCCGCUUCUGCUGCGACUCCGCCGAACGCUGCAUGGCCCAGACAAACGAGAACAACGUGUGCCUGAGCUAUUACGAGCACCAGUGCGCGGGCAUUUGCAGCAGCGAGUCGCGCCUGGAGCCCAUCUUUGAGUCCUGUCUCAAAGACCCCCUCAACCGCCUCGCCGCCCUGCUGGCCGAACAGGGCGAGACUCUGGAAGACCAGAAAUAA